GGUCUGGAGCCCCGCGGGCGGCCCCUCGUCGGUGUCUCUCCCAGGUGGAGUCUGGCCCGCCCACAGCAGGGCAAGUCGCGUGCCCUCUCCGACCCCGAGCCGUGAGGAUUAGACAGCAGAACGCGCGUGGACCGCCUGGCGCGGGCCGCCUCCGGCCAAGGGACGGUCCCGCGCGACGCCCUGCGGCUCGGCGCCCCCAGAACGCGCCGACGUCCCCGGGAGCCGCCGGCUGUGACGCCGCGGGCGUUGCCCAGCAACGGUGAACGCCGCAGCGGCGAGCGGGGCCGCAGGAGGCUACGAGGCUCUGGUCCUGCGGCGGCGCCUGCAGCGCGGAUCCCCCACGUCUCCCGCCCCGGCCGGGCCUCGGGGACGGGCGAUCCCGGGCGCGGGAGGUGGCGGCUGCCCCGGCCCGGUCCUGAGGCUCCCCGCCCCCUGCUGCCCGGGGUCUCCCGCCCCACGACCGUGCGUCCCCGCCGCGGCGCCAUGGCCUCCGAGUCGGUGAAGGUGGUGGUGCGCUGCCGCCCCAUGAACCGGCGGGAGCGGGAGCUGAACUGCCAGUGCGUGGUGACGGUGGACUCCGCGCGCGGCCAGUGCUUCAUCCAGAACCCGGGCGCCGCCCGCGAGCCUCCCAAGCAGUUUACCUUCGACGGCGCCUACUACAUGGAGCACUUCACCGAGCAGAUCUACAACGAGAUCGCCUACCCGCUGGUGGAGGGCGUCACUGAGGGCUACAAUGGCACCAUCUUUGCCUACGGCCAGACUGGCAGCGGGAAGUCCUUCACCAUGCAGGGCCUGCCGGACCCACCCUCCCAGAGAGGCAUCAUCCCCAGGGCCUUUGAGCACAUUUUUGAGAGCAUCCAGUGUGCAGAGAACACCAAGUUCCUGGUCCGGGCCUCCUACCUGGAGAUCUACAAUGAAGAUGUGCGUGACUUGCUGGGGGCUGACACCAAGCAGAAGCUGGAGCUGAAGGAGCACCCGGAGAAGGGGGUGUACGUGAAGGGGCUGUCCGUGUGCACGGUGUACAGUGUGGCCCAGUGUGAGCACAUCAUGGACACGGGCUGGAGGAACCGCUCGGUCGGCUACACCCUGAUGAACAAGGACUCCUCGCGUUCCCACUCCAUCUUCACCAUCAGCAUCGAGAUCUGUGCUGUGGGUGAGCGGGGCAAGGACCGCCUCCGGGCAGGGAAGCUGAACCUGGUGGACCUAGCAGGCAGUGAGCGGCAGUCCAAGACAGGUGCCACGGGGGAACGGCUCAAGGAGGCCACCAAGAUCAACCUGUCGCUGUCGGCACUGAGCAAUGUCAUCUCGGCCCUGGUGGACGGGCGCUGCAAACACAUCCCCUACCGGGACUCAAAGCUGACGCGGCUACUGCAAGACUCACUGGGCGGCAACACCAAGACGCUGAUGGUGGCCUGUCUGUCGCCGGCUGACAACAACUAUGAUGAGACGCUCAGCACGCUGCGCUAUGCCAACCGAGCCACGAACAUCAAGAACAAGCCACGCAUUAACGAGGACCCCAAAGACGCCCUCCUGCGCGAGUACCAGGAGGAGAUCAAGAAGCUCAAGGCGAUUCUGGCCCAGCAGAUGGGCCCCAGCAAGCUGUCAGCCCUGCUAUCCAGUCGGGAGCCCGCUAGCCCUGCCCAGGUUGAGGAGAAGCUGUUGCCCCCACCUGUGAUCCAGUGUGACACAGAGGCUGAGAAGCAGCUGAUCCGGGAGGAGUACGAAGAGCGCCUGGCGCGGCUGAGGGCCGACUACGAGGCAGAGCAGGAGUCCAGGGCCCGGCUGGAGGAGGACGUCGCUGCCAUGCGCAACUCGUAUGACGUGAAGCUGUCCACGCUGGAGGCAAACCUGCGCAAGGAGUCAGACGCUGUGCUGAAGGCAGAAGUUCUCUACAAGGCCGGAGUCCUGGCCAGGGCUGAGUCUGCCGACAGCUCUGAGUACUCAAAUACUUUGGCCGUGGAGGCCGAGAUCUACUUCAUGCCCAACACUCUGCCUGCUGAGGCUGUCUCCAGGACGGAGGUUUCCUCUGGGUUUGAGGACCUGCCCAACGUGGAGAUCUGCAGGUCUGAGGCUUCUGUGGGGUCUGACGCAUCUUCUGCACCCAAAGAAGCCUUCACAUCUGAGUCCUUCCCUGGGCCCGAGGAGCCCACCAUCCUGGAGUUCUCUGUGCCCGCCGUGGAGGACACAAACAAACACUUCCUGGAUGAGUGUCUCAGCCACGGUGGGGCAGAGCUGCUGCUGGACGGGGAGCCCUUCCUUCAGGAAGGGGAGCCACAGCUGAUGCCCCUGGAGCUGCUACCAGGCCUGCACGACCCGUUUCCUGAGGUGGAAGCCAGGCUGGCCAGACCUCCCUGCACUGUGGCCAGGGCAGCCGUGCCCCUGGAGGACAUACCCCAGGUCCCCAUGCAGAAAGCCCAACAGGCUCCAGGGAAUGAGAGGAUGGCCUUCAAUCUACGCGAAUGUAUGGAGAGAGAGAACGACCUGCUCACCUCCGGACUCGAUCACCGGUUGGGUGCAUUUUUAUAUAACUGGGUGUCUCUGUCCCAGGCUAUUAGGGGCCCAGACGCCCCAUCCGGGAUUGGAGCCGCUGGGAGCGCACGUCCAGGGGCCGGCCUCCCUGCCUCCACCUUUGUUUCUCUUUGUGCUCAGGAGGCUGACCAGGGCCCAGAAGUGGCCAAGGAGGUGGAGUUGGCUGCAGAACCUAGAGUGGGGGCCAAGGUUGAUGCCCAGGUGGCCUUGGGGGCUCAGCUGCAGCUGCCGCUGGCCACGAGCAGUGUGAGAAGGGCCAGUGUGGGCGCGGAGACGGCGGCGCUGACCGACGACCUGCUGCCUGCUGUGGACCAGCAGCAGGCGCUUGCGCGUCUGCAGCUCUUGGAGCAGCAGGUGGUCGGCGGGGAGCAGGCCAAGAACGAGGACCUGAAGGAGAAGCGCAAGCGGAGGAAGCGGUUCGCGGACGAGCGCACGAAGCAGGUGGCUGCGGCCCUGCGGAGCCCGGACGAGGACGGCGGGGACCGGGUGCUGCUGCGCGUCUACGACUCCAUCCAGGAGGAAGUGAGGGCCAAGGGCAAGCUGCUGGAGAAGGUGCGGAGGAAGCUUCGGGCAGCAGAGGUGGAGAUCAAAGAUCUGCAGUCAGAGUUUGAGCUAGAGAAGAUCGAUUACUUGGCCACCAUCCGCAGGCAGGAGCGUGACUUUAUGCUGUUGAAGCAGCUCCUGGAGCAGGUGCAGCCCCUGAUUCGCAGGGACUGUAACUAUAGCAACCUGGAGAAGAUAAAGCGCGAGUCCUGCUGGGAUGAGGACAAUGGCUUCUGGAAAAUCCCCAAGCCAGUCAUCAUAAAAACCAGCCUCCCAGGAGCAGUUUCAACAGGGCCACAGAACAAGCCAGCCCACAAAACCUCUGUAGCAGUCAAUGGUGAGCCAGGCACGGAAGAAGACCGCUACAAGCUGAUGCUCAGUCGGAGCGACAGUGAAAAUAUUGCCAGUAACUACUUCCGGUCCAAGCGGGCCAGCCAGAUCCUCAGCAGGGAUCCCAUGAGGAGCCUGACAUAUCACAACCUGCCGCCAGGCCUCAGCUCUCCACUUGGCAACAGCUCUGCCCUCCCGCCCACCCAGGCCCCUGAAACGCCCCAGCCCCGGCCUUUCCGCCUUGAGUCCCUUGGCAUCCCCUUCACCAAGACCAAGCGCAAGAAAAGCCAAAGCAGCUUUGGCAGGGAGCCUCUGUGAACACAGCUGCCAGCUCCUGCCCUGCCUUUGGGCUCCUGUGAGACUGCCGGGCCCUCCCGGGGCAGCCCCAGGCGGGUCUCCUCCCACCUGCUCCCCACAGUAACCUGGGGGCCCAAGGAAGUCUUUGCCCUGGGAAGACACAGGCCCUUCCCUGACACCCAGAGUGGCCACCUCUGUCCCUGCGGCAUGAGCCCUUCCGAGGCUGGACUAUCCUUAGAGAGGCCCAGCUGUCCACACCACGUCAGUUUCCAUCUGCUCAUCUGCCACAGAGCCCACCGUUUGUGCCCACCAGUGUUGUUCUGUGCCUUGAUGGGCUCAGAAGCCUCCGCUCUGCCUUAGGGCCUUCGCUUGCAGCCCCCACAGAGUGGGCAGCAACUUCUUCAUGGGUCAAGCUCAACAUCUUGGUAACUGAAAAUUGUGCCUCUGCCCAGUAGGCCCCACUUCCGGGGAGGAAACCCUGUGGCUUGGGUACAGGAGUCCUGGAGCAGCUGCUCCCGGGCUGCCCACUCCCAGCUGCUUGGUGGCCCGGAGGAGGCCACUCCACGCUCUGCUGCCCCAAUAAACUGCCUUUUACCAAUGAGCUGCUCCUCGCUGCUCCUCUGACAGCGUCACUGGGGCCCUCCCUGCCGCUGCUGCCCAGUCCCCCUGGGGAAGCUCACUCGGGAGCAGGGCUUCCUAACCCUGAGCCUUUAAAGCAAACAGGCUCCAGGGUUUCUGCAACACCUUGCAGUCCUGAGUACAAAUGCAUUAUUCCAGGGAAAGCCUCUGAACUGUCGUUCGAUUCUCAAAGUAUCUGUGACCCAGGGAAACAGCCCUUGUUUCAGAAAAAUAGAGGUUAAGUUUUACUGAGGCCCAUAAAAGGCCCAGGUUUUGACAGCCUGCACGGGUGUGCUGACAUGGCCAGAAAUGAAUCCAGGCCAUCCCAGCUACUGAGGAUACCCUCCCCUCGCCCACUGUAUCCCCCACCUGCCCUGUGGGAGGGGCCCACAAUCUGAGGGAAAAGGCUCAGCCUUUGAUGCUGAGCCUCAUUUUUCUCAGUUGCAUCUGUGAAAUGGGGUUUAUACCCACCUCACAGGGUUACUGUGAUGGUUAAAUGAGAUAAGAGAGUUCUGGGUGCACAGCAGAUGCUCUGAGUUAGUCCCCCUCAUUACUCCUCUGUAUUUUGUAUUAAUUCCUGUUGGGCCAAAGAGCUCAUGCUCU